AUGGGCAAUCGGCCAAUAUGCGCGACAUCGGAUAAGGGUGAGGCCGAGGAGUCCAAUCGGAUGCUGAAUGUCCCCUCCACUUCUGGCCUCACUGCGAAGCCUCCCGUCGGGCGUUCAGAAUAUGGGCGUGUCAAGGUAGCGUUGGGCCCAGGAAAGGGCCUUAUGGAUUGGGUGCGGCUGACGAAAAACAAGGUGUUAGCCAAGAAACAGAUGAAGUUCGUGGAUCACGAAGAGUUGUCGAAGCACAGCACCGAGGAGGAUUGCUGGAUACAUUUGUUUGGAAAGGUCUACGACGUAACGGAAUACCUCGAUUUCCACCCGGGUGGCAAGCCGGAGCUGAUGAGGGCUGCUGGGCGAGAUGGCACUGCGCUUUUCAACCAGUACCACGCCUGGGUACGCUACGAGACGAUCCUAGAGAGCUGCUACGUCGGCGCCUUCAAGGGGAACCUAUCACAUUUGAAACCAUGCGAUCCUCCAAGUACCGAAAAUCGCGAAUCCGCCGGCGGAGAUCAGGAUCUACGAGAUGCUACUAUGGUGAUGACCAUGUUCGAUCGACUAAUUGUCGCCAAUAAGGAGUGGAAAGGAAUCUCCAGUGAAUGCCUGACCAUAUCGACGACCAAGAAUAGUUUGCGAAUCCUUGUCCGCCCGUUCAACAAGGAGCCGGUGCAGAUUGAGUGGGUCGGUGUUCCUCGGCCGAUUGCCGAAGCCUCUUUCAAGUUGGAGAUGAAUGACGAGCAGAUAAUCCUGAUCUUCGAUGUGACGAUUUCGAUCAAAAUCCUCGAGUCAGCUGGGAUCUACAAAUUGGAAAGAAAUCCAGCUCGUCGAUACCACGCUACGACGGUGACAACGAUAAAGCGGCUCAACCACGACACGCUGCUCAUCGACUUGGAGCUGCCGCGCGGGCUGUACAUGCCGAUACCCGUCGGCCACCACAACUCGUUGGCUAUCAAGAAAGGAGGUGGGUUUCUUCCAAAUAUUUCCAGCAACAUUUCUCCCUUUCCAAAAACGAAACCAUCUUUAUUCAUCUGGGGCCCAAGG